UCCUCGGCGGUAGGCGGAGACUGGAGCCUACCAGCAGAGUGGACGGUAUCCGGCGGCAGCUGCUCUGUCUCUCUCGUUUAUAUACUGUCUAUGGUCUCUCUGCCGGUUCGCAGCUGGACUAUUAGCCCGUCUCCGGAAACAGCAGCACCGAGAGGAGCUGCGAGAGGAGCCGCGCCGAGAAGAGCCACCGCUGGUGUGCUGCCAGUCUCGGCUCUGCUCUGCUGUUGUGUCCCGCUGCAUGGCUUGUGUUGCCCGGCGCUCGGCACCGUCCGUGGCGCUGCAGGAGGAGAGCUAACGCUAGCGCCGACCCAACCUGUAUGCUGUUUCACCAAAGAGCCACGGUGUUGCUUGGCGGCGGAUGUCUCGUCGCCUCCCUCUGAGGUCGGAGGCCAGUGGGAGUGGAGAGGAGGCUCGGCGGCAGCAGUGAUGCGGACUACAGCGGCCGGCUGCAGGAUGAGCGUGGGCGCGCUUCUCAACGGGCUGCUGGUCUCCGUCGUCGCAGCUCUGCUUUGGAAGUAUUCCAAGCUGAGUGAGCACGCCGCCCUGCUGGAGGAAGAGCUGCACAUGACACGGCAGUCCCAGGAGCUUUCGCAGGCCCACAUCGACUACCACGUCGCCCUGCAGGCUCUUCAGGAGCACGGCACCCGCAUGGUCUGCACCGGCAAGAUGCACACCGACCGCAUCUGCCGCUUCGACUACCUCUGCUACUGCUCGGAGGCGGAGGAGUUUGUGUUCUUCCACUCCAACUCCUCGGUCAUGUUGCCCAACCUGGGGUCGAGGCGCUUCCAACCUGCCCUGCUGGACCUGUCCUCGGUAGAGGAUCACAACACCCAGUACUUUAACUUUUUAGAGCUCCCAGUGGCUGCUUUGAAGUUCAUGCCCAAGCCUGUGUUCGUACCCGAUGUGACACUAAUCCUUAACCGGUUUAAUCCAGACAACCUAAUGCACGUGUUCCACGAUGACCUGAUCCCAGCCUUCUAUACUAUGAAGCAGUAUUCCGACUUGGAUGACGAGGCGCGUUUGGUUUUUAUGGAGGGCUGGGCUGAAGGCCCCCACUUUGACCUCUACAGACUUCUCAGCAGCAAGCAGCCGCUGCUCAAAGAGCAGCUGAGGAACUUUGGCAAGCUCAUGUGUUUUACCAAAUCUUACGUUGGCCUGUCCAAGAUGACCACCUGGUACCAGUACGGUUUUGUUCAACCCCAGGGGCCCAAAGCCAACAUGCUGGUCUCAGGAAAUGAGAUCCGGCAGUUUGCCAGGGCUCUGAUGGAGAAAAUGAACAUCACAAGGGGGGAGGAAAUGGAGAAGGAAGGAGGGAAUACCGAAGACAAUAAAGAGAAAAGGGACGAAUACAUAGUUGUGUUCAGUCGUUCAGCAACAAGGCUGAUCGUGAACGAAGCGGAGCUAAUCAUGGCGCUGGCCCAGGAGUUCCAGAUGAGAGUGGUCACAGUGUCCCUGGAAGAGCAGUCUUUCCCCGGUAUCGUCCAGGUGAUCAGCGGGGCUUCCAUGUUGGUCAGUAUGCAUGGGGCUCAGCUGAUCACCUCUCUCUUCCUCCCCAGAGGAGCUGCCGUGGUGGAGCUGUUCCCGUUUGCAGUGAACCCAGAGCAGUACACCCCGUACAAAACCCUAGCCACCCUCCCAGGCAUGGACCUUCAUUACGUCUCCUGGAGGAACACCAAGGAGGAGAACACCAUCACCCACCCAGACAGGCCCUGGGAACAAGGGGGCAUCGCCCACUUGGAGAAGGAGGAGCGAGAGCGAAUACUGGCGAGCAAAGACGUCCCUCGGCACCUGUGCUGCCGCAACCCAGAGUGGCUCUACCGGAUCUACCAGGACACUUUGGUGGACAUCCCUUCCUUCGUGGAAGUCCUCAAAGAGGGCAUGAAGACAAAGCCCAGCGCGAAGAAGUCCAAGUCGGCCAGCACCGUCCACCCAGGCCGGGUCAGAGAAGCCCAGUGUCAGACCUUAGUCCAGACCCCUAACGAGGCUAAACUCACCGUCUCCUGGCAGAUCCCGUGGAACCUGAAGUACCUGAAGGUGAGAGAGGUGAAGUACGAGGUGUGGAUCCAGGAGCAGGGCGAGAACACCUACAUGCCUUACAUCCUCCCCCAGCAGAACUACACCUUUUCAGAAAACAUCAAGCCCUUCACCACCUACCUGGUGUGGGUCCGGUGCAUCUUCAACAAGAACCUGCUGGGCCCCUUUGCAGAUGUUCUGAUGUGCAGAACCUAACCCUAACACUUCUACACAAGACUUAUUCCAGACAGUCUGUUGGAACAGUGGAGUGUUGGGUUACAGUUUGUCCAGUUAUUUGUCAUAUCCGUCCAAUCCUAGAGCAGACUGCUGAACUCUUGCCCAGCGCUGUUUUCCUUGGCCAGCACAGACAACAUAGAUACUUCUGCUAGAACUGCAAAAGACUGAAUCACAGGGUCAGAACUCCGCGGCAUCGGCCGUUAAUGAAUGGAAAGGGUAUUUCCUGUACCUAAUGAAAGAAGUGAAAGUGCUAUGUCUCUACUGAAAAUACCAGAACUUAAAUCAGCAGAUUUAUUUAUGUGCAAAUAAUAUAUAACAUGUUUUUUUUACGUAUAUAAGUCCAAACACUGGUUCUUUACCUUUUACAGUAUGCAAUAUAGCUUUUCUGUGAAGAUCCUAAAAAAGAUUUUAGACUAGCAAGAUUUGUAAUGUUUUCUGACUUUGUCCAGUGUCUCUUGUGUGCGUGAUACCUGUGUGACUUAGUUUGCCUACCAGCUGUCUGAUCCCGUGCACCAUUGUCUGCAGAACCUAGCCAAAACCAAAGCAACAUUUUCCAUCAUUCACGCCGUAUUACUUUUUCACGUCUCUCCCACUUCUAAUGUUGGCUCAGAUUUAUACAGUUUUAAGCCUCUAAAGACAUUGUAAAGGAUUGGUGUAAGAGAACUGUCAAGCAAGAGUUUUCAUGAAUGCCACAGUAAUCACUGUUUCUGACAUAGGUGGAAUUUCAUUCCAUGGAGCAUUUCGUGAUGGAAUAUCUUCAAACUGUUCUCUUCCAAGUGUUUGGGUUUCCACAGUGCCCAGCGGCAAAGAAUCGGUUUUACUGAAUGAAUGAAGGAUUUCUCUCUAAUUGGCACUAAUUACAACCAUAACUAUUAUAAUUUUGAGUGGAGAGUGAAUUGAGUACGCCAGGUAGUAGACAGUCCGAUUUGACUGCAUUUCCAUUAUGAAGAAGGCCUGUUGCUGCGUAGGAUUAACUAAAAUGAAAUUCCCAGCAAUGUGUCUUAACUUUUCUCCGAAAUUUUCCAGCUGUUAAGAAGAAUGUUGGGAUUGAAACAGACAUGUGAAGCUGGCUGUUUCUAAGAAAGUGCUGCGUGUGUGUGCGUGCUGUAGCAAGAGAUGGUUUAUGGCACAAGUUUAAGAUGCUCUAAGCGAUGUUGGGUGACGUCACUUCUUCUUGACGUUCGAAGUAUUGUGAAACAAAACGGAGACUAGC